AUGAAGCAUACUCGAGCCAAGCACACCAAAUCACGAAGAGGUUGCAUCACCUGCAAAAUCCGGCAUGUCAAAUGUGACGAACAACAGCCAGAAUGUCUACAGUGCGUCAAAACAGGACGCAAAUGUGAUGGAUAUGAACCCCAGCAGACAAACCCACAGGCACAGCAGAGAGCCGUAGUCGACCUUGCCCCUGAGGCCCGGACUAAACCCAGCGCCGACCAGCGCCUAGUCUUGCGUCCGGGGACUCGAGAAGAAAGGCAGCAUAUCGAGUUCUUCUGCACGCGGACAUCGCGCGCACUCUCUGGCUUUUUUGAUUCGGAUCUCUGGCAGUACUUACUGCCACAACUGAGUCACUCCGAGGCCGGGAUCCGACACGCAGUUAUCGCUCUGGGGGCUCUCCAUCAACAUCUACAUAUAGUUCUCUCCAAAGGCAAAUGUGAUCCCGGGCGGAAGAUUGCGCCCCAGAAUGAGCAUUUUAUUAUUCAGCAGUACAACUUGGCGAUUCGACAUUUGGUGGCACAACUAUCAUCCUCCACACACCAGGUACCGCAUCUGACGCUGAUCAGCUGCUGUUUAUUUGUCUCCCUGGAGAUUCUCAGUGGACAGCUCAGUAAGGCUCUAGACCAUAUUGAAGCCGGACUGAAGAUCCUUCAGCGAUGGGAGAAUCAAACAGACGGAAAACUACGGUCGGAAGGGAUUACCCGAGAACUGGCUUAUAUCCUCAUCCGCUGGAAUACCCAGCUCUCCAAGCAUGGUAGGAAGAUGAUUCCUCUCAACUUCAGCCAGCUAGAUACAGCAGAAUUAGGGGCAAAACAAGAAUGCUGGUCGGAAAUUUCAGAAGCCAGAGAUUCACUCGUUAUACUGAGCAAUCGCACAAUGAGCUUCUUGGAGGCCGUGGGCGGCGACCGGAAUACGAGAGGGUCGCCCUGGCAAGUCCGUCAGCAACAAGCCCUCCUCCAAGGUCUUGCUGCAUGGCUGAGCGCAUUCGAAAGUCUGAUGAGGCGAUGUGGCCGACGGCUGAAGAAGACCGAUCCUCGAGGACCCUUGCUGCUGCGCCUCCACCACCGCACCAACCAAAUUUGGGUCACGGUCGCCCUGUCCAGAGACGAGCUCAUAUUCGACCAGCUCGACGAUGACUUCAGAGCUAUCCUUGCUUACACCGAGGAUCUCCUCAAGCUCAAUGCGUCACUGGACAAAGACGCUGUGCUGAGUGUCUUUUCCUUGGAGACGGGACUCAUCUCUUCGCUCAGCUACGUGGCUAGCAAGUGGCGCAAUCCGGUGCUCCGGCGAAAGGCAAUCAGCCUGCUGUACCGCUGCCCUCAGAAAGAAGGACUGUGGAGUAUGCAGCAGUAUGCGAUUCUCGCGCGGAUCAUUGUGCAGAUCGAAGAAGCAGAGGUGGCUCAUCUGCCGUUGGAGCAGCGGGUUCCUGAAGAUCGGCAUCGCGUGUAUACAGCGCAUAUUCAACACAGGAAUUGUUGGUCAUGCCGACUAGCAUUGAUGUAUAAGCCUGAGACUGGUGAUGGAGACUUGCAUUGUCGGAUCAGGGAGGUGGAUUUUGGGGCUGAGAUCCAAGCAGAGGAUCCCAACUUUUUUGCGGAAGCGGGUAUCAGCCCUGAGAAUUGA